ACUGAUGGAGUGUUUGAACUUCGCACUUGCUUUUAUUGUUUCAGUCAUUCUAUCCCAUUGCCACUGGAGACAUCACAACCCACGGCCAACAUUUCCUCCUCGAUGCGGCCCGCCCCUUUGUAGAGUCCUCAGAGCCGUGCGGUAGUCGGCAGCGUUAGCAGCCCCGGCAGUUUCAGCGAUGCGCUACCUUGUGACGUCAGCGAGGGAAGAGGCGGAUUCUCUCCUACUACCGGAAGACGUCCGCUUUUUUGAUUGGCUACUCAAGACGCCCGUUAGGACGUGUUGCCUUUUCAGUGUGCACUCCGAGCGUGGGCGCCCCUGUGGGGGUGUGUGCAGGGGUUUCUAGACCUGGCACCAAUACCCCAAGCCCCUUCCAUCAGGGGUUCGGCUUAGGGUCGCCCCUGGUGGGCGGCUCUCGAAUCUUAAGGAAGAGCUCGAGAACCCGGACCCCCCCAGGGCUGCGGAGGCCCUCUGGGUAGGCAGGAAGAUGGCGGCAGCGUCGGUCUCUGCGACUUCUCGUUCUCAGAUCUCGAACAUCUUAGUUGAACCCUCAAGGUCUAAUGGAAGUAUGGUUCGCCAUUCCUCAUCUCCAUAUGUAGUAUAUCCACCUGAUAAGCCUUUCCUUAAUAGUGAUCUACGACGCUCCCCAAAUAAGCCUACAUUUGCCUAUCCGGAAAGUAACAGCAGAGCUAUAUUUUCUGCUCUGAAGAAUCUUCAAGAUAAGAUUCGACGCUUGGAACUUGAAAGGAUUCAGGCAGAAGAAAGUGUGAAAACCUUGUCUAGAGAAACAAUUGAAUAUAAGAAAGUAUUGGAUGAACAGAUACAAGAAAGAGAGAAUUCAAAGAAUGAGGAGUCAAAGCACAAUCAAGAACUGACCUCUCAGUUGUUAGCUGCAGAAAAUAAGUGUAAUCUUUUAGAAAAACAGUUGGAAUACAUGCGCAAUAUGAUAAAGCAUGCAGAAAUGGAAAGGACAUCUGUCUUAGAAAAACAGGUUUCCCUCGGAAGAGAACGACAACAUGAUCAAACACAUGUGCAGAGCCAGCUUGAAAAGUUGGAUCUUCUGGAACAGGAGUAUAACAAACUUACCACAAUGCAGGCCCUGGCAGAAAAAAAAAUGCAAGAGUUGGAAGCAAAACUCCGUGAAGAAGAACAGGAGAGGAAACGUAUGCAAGCUAAGGCAGCCCAGUUGCAGACUGGUCUAGAAACAAAUAGAAUUAUCUUUGAAGAUAAGGCAACUCCAUGUGUUCCCAAUGCAAGAAGAGUUAAAAAAAAGAAGUCAAAACCACCAGAAAAGAAAGGUUCUAGGAACUAUUUUGCUGCACAACCACAUUAUAGAUUAUGCUUGGGGGAUAUGCCUUUUGUAGCUGGAAAGUCCACCAGUCCUAGCCAUGCUGUGGUAGCCAAUGUUCAGCAUGUCUUGCAUCUACUGAAGCAACACAGUAAAGCCCUGUGCAAUGAUCGAGUGGUCAACAAUGUUCCUUUGACAAAGCAAGGUUCUUCACGAAGUGGUAAAAGUAAGAAGUUGUCAGUAACGCCUUCCUCCUCCAACAGCAUUAAUGAAGAGUUAUCAGAAGUCUUACAGACUUUACAAGAUGAAUUUGGGCAAAUGAGCUUUGAUCACCAGCAGCUUGCGAAACUUAUCCAAGAAUCCCCAACUGUUGAACUGAAAGACAACUUAGAGUGUGAACUGGAGGCGUUGGUGGGGAGGAUGGAGGCCAAAGCCAACCAAAUAACUAAAGUUCGAAAAUACCAAGCCCAGCUGGAGAAACAGAAGGUAGAGAAGCCAAAGAGGGACUUGCGAACCACCAGAAAGACUCUUGAUGAAGAAGGGAAGAGCAGCAGUCGUUCUUCUGGAAUCACAGGGACCACAAACAAGAAGGACGUUGCCAAACCGAGACCUGGUGAAAAAAGCAGGAAAAAUCUUCAGUUAUUGAAGGACAUGCAAACCAUACAGAGUUCAUUACAAAGCAAUAGUUUAUGUUGGGAUUACUGACUGGUACCCGGUUAUAAAUUUUAUUCAGAUAAUCUGUACCUCAUCAAUCAGAUUUUGACAAUUUACUCUCCAGGUCUCAUACUCUCUUAUGUUGGAAUUAACGAAUAGCCGGUGUUAAGGGGCCCAAGCUUCACUACACAGGCUUCUUGUGUUACGCAUCAUCACUAAAUGUUAAACCAUCUACAUGGAAACCAGGGGAGUUUUAAAGGCCAGGAAGCCACAUGCUCUUCUUCUUUGAGAUGAAUUUGCUGUACUGAAAUACUGCACUUUGUAAACAAAUUACCAGUUGUUUACUUGUGGGUGUGAUUUUUUUCAUAGUUCCUUACAUAUCUAAGUAAAAUUAGGUUUAAAUUAUCAAAAAUAACAAAAUCUUUUUAAAUCUUUCCCCUGGCACAAAUCACCCCUUUCUCCUUUCCAGCACAACCAUUAAAUAUACUUUGUCUCGACUAUUGAUGGAGGUUUUCUAUAUUUAAAAGUAUUUAUACAUAUUUAAGAGGAUUGUUUUGUUUUUCUUUUUGACAGUUCAGGCAUUGAUCAGUAUUAAAUACACUUAUAUUGAUGUUAUCCAUCAUUAAAAAAUUUUUAAAGACCCAAACAUUCAAGUCCAUUCACUGCAAAAAUUAUAAAAGCAUUUUUUAAAGUAUAAAUUAUUAAUGAAGUAAAUGAGCUUUUAGAAUGAAGAGAGAAGAGGAAAUGUUGUAAAGCAUACACAUUUGUCAUUUUUAAAUAAUACCUGUUUGUAAUCAUGCUAUUGAGUUUGAGGCAUUAUGGUUUUUAAUCUUGAAACUUGCCCCUUGGACAUGUUCUCGGUGUACAGUAUGAGUGCAUUAACUGUACACGUGCAACUGUCAUUAUGUUAAUAAUGUGAAUCAUAAUUCUGCUUAGAUCAAGAUGUGAACUUUUUAUAAAUUUGCCACUCAAGUCAAUAAAGCAGCUUUUUAAAGGAAACACUGAAAUUUUCCUUAACAGCCUGUUAAUAAAGGCUUUAUUUGUUAUAAUCUCUCCACAAAAUGCAUUUCUAAAUAGGACAUUAACAUAUUUUGAGAAACAAUAAGAAUAUAUGGUAUUACGUAAUUUGCCUAUUUCAUGCUUACACAGAAACUAAACCCAACAAGACUGAACUGUCUCAUGGCAUAUGAUUAAGAUACUCUAAAGACUACUAGUGAACACAUUAACCACAUGUUAAAGAGAUUCCUUUUUAUGCCUCCCCUGGGAUCCAAAUGGGAGUUCUGGGAUUUUAUCUGGGUAUAAUCAGCAUGAAAUGUAGUGCCUGACUGGGCACUAAGCUUGUUAGGCCUCUUAAUUGAAUUAAUUUUUUUACAGAGUUCUUUAUUUAGGUUCCUUAGAUUUGGAUCUGUUUGUGAAUGUUCUGAAAUUUUAUGUAAACUUUUGCUUGCAUGUGCAGUUUUGUAUCUUCAUUGAAUUCACAACAGUGAGUCCACAGACCCAAGGAAUCACUGCUCUAAUGACAUGGAAAAUAUUUUCUUGUGUCUCAACCACCAUUUCAACUAUUAAACUUUUGUUACUGCUGUG